CACCUCCUCUCGGAGCCAACACGGAAAGGCGUUUCGUCUUGUGUGAAGAGUCUGUUUUACCGCAAUGGUACUUCAGUAGCUCUCCAGUUCCGCACGAGAGAUACUGACCCAAGAGAAUAGGGUGGUGCCCGCGCACUGACACAGUCCAUGCGCGUUCACGCGUUUAUCUGGAGUCGAUUGAGCAGACAAGAACCGAGCAGAGCAGGUGUGCGCUUCUAGUCCUGGAUUCAGACCUCCUCUCUGUCAUCUCUGACUUUGAUGGACUUACAUGCGGCGCGUUAGUGCGUAACUACGGGCUCUUGGUUCUGGUGGAUGACACCAUAUGCGUGUUUAUUGCUCAGGGUGAAAGUAUCCUUCUUCAGAAUACAGUUCGGUGGAGAUCUUCAUCAUGAACACCGGUAGUGAAUCUCAGUCAUCAGACUCAGAUGCCUGGCGUUCACGUAGUAUGUCUGAGGAUUUGAGGAAUGGAGAUGCCAGCAGCUCGUCCUUGACCGCUAAAGGCUUUCGUAGUGUCAGACCCAACCUGCAGGACAAGAAAUCUCCCACACCGGUCCCUCUGCCACCCCCUCGGAGAGAGAGCUAUCAUGUGAUUCCCAACCCCCCCUCUUACAGCACCCUCCCAAUGCUGUCAGUCUCCUCUCUUUCUCCCUCACAGAGUGAUGAUAUUGUUACCACAGGCUCUUACACCAUCAAAUCUAGUGCCACCUCCUCAUCCUCAUACUCCUACUCUAAGACCACCCAAACCUCCACUACCACCUCUGGAGCUCCCCUUGAGGAGCCCCCCCUCUUCCAACAGGCUAAUGCUAACAGCUUCAUCACUCGGAUUCUGGAGAGCAAAUUGUCCUCAGCAAAAUUCACCACUGACCACCUAAAUGCAAACUCAGAGGCUAAUGCUAACAAGAUCAUAAUAAAUAAAACUGACCCUAAUUCUAAAACUAAGCCAUUCACGAAAAGUACAUGUGCUAGUUCACUCCCCACUCCUCCACAGCAAGACUCCAUUGGCACUUCAGAAACACACGUAGCCUCUCUCUCCAUCCAGUUCGCUCCCCGCAGUCCCGAACCCCAACCACAGACCCAGUCAGGGUGUGAGACUGAAUCCAGGACAAAUGCACUGGACCAAGCUGACUCCACGCAAACCCCUCUUGUACCACCAAGACCAGCAGGCGUUGUGGUGCAUGAGGUUUCCCCAGUAAGAAGGUGCACCGGAUCACUCACCUCUGGACCGCCCUCUCCAGACCCGUCGCCACGUCGGUCACCCUAUAGCAGGGCCAGUCAGGACUCCCCCGACUUUCUUUCAGGGCUAUUGCACAAGGCCCUCUCGCCGACACCCUACGCCCCUCUGGAACAUUCUGGGCUAAUGUUGGCCUCUCCUGCCCCGUCACCAGUAACCGUGUCAGCGCUGAGCAAUUAUUCAUCAUCCACAGUUGGGCUGGAGGAGCUGCAGAUCUGCGGCAUUGACUCCUCCCCCACGGCCACGCCCACCCCAUCCCCCACACUCAGUCAUGCCCCUGACGAGGUCCCCAACUUUGCUGCCACAGGCACUAACGGUCAGAUGGCAGUGAACGGAAGCUCUCACUCUCAAAGGCCCUUUUCUCCACCUGCAUACCCCCCUCCUCCCCCAACCCUAAGCCCAGGCCUGGUAAAGGUCCAGCAGGGUCAAAGUUCAGAGGGUUCAGAGACAAUGAAGAGAGAAACUGUGGUCUCUGGUCAGACCGUGGUCAGUAGCUCUGUGCCCAUUGCUCGGUUCUCAGAGGAAGAGAAGAAGGUGUCCAUCAUAAAAGCGCCCCAUUACGAAGGCAUUGGACCUGUGGAUGAGUCAGGCAUUCCCAUCGCCAUCCGCACGACUGUGGACAGACCCAAAGACUGGUACAAGACCAUGUUCAAACAGAUCCACAUGGUUCAUAAACCAGAUGAUGACUAUGCAGACACUUAUAAUGCCACAUAUGCCAUCAUAAACAAUGACAACUACACCACUGUCCAUGUCCACCCUCCCCCUCGAACACACACCUACCGGCCUCUGUCCAGAAAUACCUCAGAAACUCCAGACGGUGCUGCCCACAGGGAGCUCUCACCAUCACCCGUGCCCCCACCACCCCCACCAAUGCCCUCACUCCUCCAGCUCCGCUCACGAGACAUGGACAGAGAGAAGGAGCUUUCGCACGACCCAAAUGAGUGGGGUCCUCCAGAUCGUAAAGUGGACACGCGUAAAUACCGGGCAGAACCGCGGAGCAUCUUUGAGUAUGAGCCAGGCAAAUCCUCCAUUCUCGAGCAGGAAAGACCUACAUUUGAUUUAAACCCAGAUGACAUAGAUUUAGAGAACGAGCCUUGGUUUAAAUUCUUUUCCGAGUUGGAGUUUGGACGGCCGCCUCCUAAAAAGAGGCUGGAUUAUAAUCCUGACUACUCCACGCAUGCUGUGGCGCAGUCAUCCCUCAAUCUCUCGCCUGCCGAACGGCCUGACGGACCCUCAAGUCCUGCAAGUGACUAUAGGAAAAGGCGAAAGUCAGAGCCAUCUGUCACUCAAGCCAACACAGGAAGUGAUCAGAAUGCCCGCCCUCUGGACUCCCAUAAAGCACAGACUCUGAAGAAGCCCACCAUACGUUCCUCCCCCUCCUCACCUUCCAGAGUCAAAGCUGGAGAUGCUAGUGAGUCCCUCUCCUCCUGUGUGAGCUCUCCAGGGAUGGAGCGCCCAUCCUCUCGUCUCUCCUCUGAUUCCCCUUCUCUCUCUACGCCAACCUGGCGUAGCUCCAAACGCUCCAUCUGCUUCAAGAAUGGUUGGCAGACACACCAACCCGAAGCUGGAGAAACUUGGAGCAGCGCUGACGACGAAUCUGCCAUGGCCUCUUCAUCACCAAGGAUCAAAUCACGGAGCUGCGACGAUCUGUUAUCUAAUGGACAUGGUGCUAGUAAUGACGGGAGAGCAUCCACUUCUGUGACUACCACUCGCUCGGAAAGUGCAGGUUCUUUGCUUGAUGAAGGUGUUACACAGCAGCCUCAAGUAAAAAGUCUUACCUCAUCCCCCAGGGGACGUCGACAUCACAGACGCAAGAUGCCACAUGAUGCUCCAGGUUUCCUUCAGCUUUACAAGAAGAUGCACCACAUUGACCGAGAGCAGCUGUUGCCCUCAGAGGUGAUUCGUUCAGUACGUGCACGGAUCCUUGAACUGGAACGGCAACAGCAGCAGGGGCACAACCUCCAUGGUUGGGCACCUUUCGGUCAUGAGGUACCACGACAAAUGGUUCCCAACCGCAUAUCUGCAUAUGAGCAGCUCAUCCAGAAAUCGAAGUCCAUGCCAGACCUUGGAGAUGAAAAUACCCCCUCAGGCACCACCACUCCAGGAUCAUCAAGGGCCAGCAGCUGUCCCAAGCGUCGCUUUUCUGUUGAAUCACUUUUGGAGGAGGAGGACCCUCCAGAAAGGGCAAGGAGUCCUCCUGAGGGACAGCCAAGACCGGGACCAGACAUCAAUAGCCUGAUGCCAAUCCUUGAGAAGAACCAACGGCAGCAUCAAGAUUAUUCAGACAGUGAGCAGGAUGCCUGUGCCUCUGAACUGAGCGACAUCCACAUAGAGGGAUCAUCUUUGUGCAGUGAGAGUGACCUGGAUCAUUACUCGCUCACCUCAUCAGAAAGCUUCUACGGUUCUGGACAACCUCACUAUCACCACCAUAGACACCGUUACCACCAUCACCAUCACCUGCACCAGAGUGUAGGUCAAAGUCAAGGUUACCAGCAUCGCCACCUCAUCAGCUCCUGUAAGGGUCGCUGUCCAGCCUCCUAUACGCGAUUCACCACCAUGCUAAAACAUGAGCGCCAACAGGAAAGGGCUCGGCAAGACUCCCGCCCUGUCAGUACACCUCCACUAGCUCAACAGUCACCCAGUGAGUCAGGCCUUUCCAAACUGGCCUUCCUGGUCAGCCCUGUGCCUUUCCGACGGAAACGAGGCUCCCCGCCCACUCAGCAACGACACUGCAGAGGAGGACGGCCCAAAUCCAAAACUGCAAUUUAUGAGGCUUUAGACGCCGCUUUGCAGGACAUUUAUGAUCACAUAAGGGCAGAAAAGGGGCAAGGACCUGCAAGGUUGCCAGAUGAUAGCAUAUUGCGGCGGCUACUCGAGGAGUUGCUACCAGAUGUGCCCAAGCGUAGCUCCUCUUUAAGGCCUCAGACAGGAACCGGCUACCCCUCCACCUCGCCCCACCUCCACCAGCCUUACCACGGAUCCCACCAAUGUGCCUCCUACCAGCAGCAACACCAACAUGCAGACGCCUCUAACAACAACCAGCACUCUUAUGCUAAGCACUGCUAUUCAGAUCAGGGCUCUGAUACAGGUCGUCUCACACCACAAAGCAGAAGACCCACACCAGAAAGAGAGGUGUCUUCUAAGCAGAUGACCUAUCUUAUAUUGUCUUCUCUCCUCCAUCAGAAACAGUCUGCCAGGGCUAUUUAUGAUUUUAAAGCUCAGUCUGCCAAGGAACUUUCUUUUAAGAAAGGCGAUGCAGUGAACAUCAUCAGGCAAAUUGACAGUAACUGGUAUGAGGGCGAACACAGAGGACGCAUUGGGAUUUUCCCCAUCUCAUAUGUGGAAAAGGUGGCAUCCCCAGAGCGUAGGCAGCCAGCCAGGCCUCCUCCCCCAGCUCAGGUUCAAGAGAUGGGUGAGGCCAUAGCUCGAUACAACUUUAAUGCUGACACUAAUGUGGAGCUUUCUUUAAAAAAGGGGGAGCGAGUGAUUCUGUUAAGGAAGGUGGAUCAGAAUUGGUAUGAAGGAAAGAUUCCUGGCUCAAACAAGCAGGGCAUUUUCCCUAUGUCCUAUGUCAAUGUGAUCAAGGGCUCUCCAUCCAAGAGCCCCAGUCACCAAGGAGACACGCACACAAACAAGGCACAGAAGAAAAUUAUGCAGGAUGCUGUGCAUGCAGGUAGUGACCCGUUUCAAGCUGUGUACAACUAUGUGCCUCGUAACGAGGAUGAGCUGGAGCUGAGGGAAGGGGACGCUGUUGAUGUCAUCGAGAAAUGUGAUGAUGGCUGGUUUGUUGGUACUUCUCGAAGAACCAGGUUAUUUGGAACGUUCCCAGGAAACUAUGUUAAACCGCUUUAACAAAGAGGAAACAAUGGCACAACUUCGGCCACUCCAGUGCCUACUGUGUAGGGCCAAUGAGGCACCUCACCUUUGAGAAAGUGUGUGUGUCUAUACAUUUGUAUGUGUGUGUUCACAAACAAACUUUUCAAGUUUCAGCUCUGCAAUUUCUGCGCAGAAAAACCACUGACAUUUAUUUUACUUGAGCACUUUGAUUUUGUGCCAUCACACAUUCUCCUUGCUGUUUCUUCAUCUGCUAUUCUGACAACAGCACAACCGUUAAUGUUUUACGUAUUGUUUAGGCAUUACAGUAUGUUAUUUUCCAGGAUGAGGUAGCUCAGAGUUAGGAAGGUAAUAAUAUAGACAGCCAUGGUAUUGAGGGAGGUCAUCAGAUCAGUAAAAAUGUGAUGCUGAGUAGAGAGCUCGGACAUCAGUGUUAGACUAAGUAUGUAUGUACAAGUAUAUAUACAGUACGUGCGUGUGUGUGUGUGUGAGUGUGGAGUAAUAGUGUUAAGGUUAAUAGCAAUAGAGAUCACUGAUAAUAGAUGAGAAUAGAUCAUUUUAUUUAAAUGAGCUUAAGGUGAUAUCUCGGACAGUUAUAAAAUGACUGAAAUUUCCAUUCCCCUUGUGUAAUACACAAAGUUUGCUCUUGUGUGGCCAAAAUUAGAAAGUGUUAAUACAUAAUGGAUAGGAACAGAGGGUCUUUUUUACACAUUACUUUUACUGUAAGUAAAUUAUACUUUUUCCAUUUUCUCUUUUUUUUUUUUAAUUACAAUAUAUCUAUCAUGGAGCAGUUUGCAAUUGUUGAAGUGGCAAUCAUUCAUAUAGAAUAAUGUUCAUAUAAUUAUGAGAUGCAUUGUGAGAAUUUGUAUAAGUUGUCAUGAGCAAGGAAGUGCAUUGACAUUCUGGAAGAGAAAUAUGCUUUUGUGGAAUUUGGUAAUGUAAAUAUUUAAUUAAUUUUUUUCUAAAAUUUACCUGAGAAUGUUAUGUAUACUGAGUUUUAAAACUGUAAACCAGGUGUCAGUGAGCCUCCUGACUUUAUACAGCAAGAAAACCAUAAAUCAUGAUUAAAUCAUUGCUUGUAUUUUUUUUUCUUCUAAAGUUACCUAAUUACAUUUAGCAAAAUGUAUUUAUCGAUAUUUCUGUCACUUUUUUUUUUUUUUUUUUUUACGUUUUAUAGUUAUUUCAAUUGAAUUAUGCAACUUCUCUGAUACGAUUCUCAUGAGAUUCACUCUUUUAAAAUUGCUGCACAUAACACAAUAGAGAGCUGUUUUUAGUCAUUUAAUGAAUGUUAAAUUUGGUUUUAUGCAAGCUUGACAUUUGGGUCUGUUCACAUUUAGAUUAUGAAGUAUUUGGAUGUCAGUAUUUUCAGCACUAAAUGUAUCACUUGUGUUCUAAUCUGAAAACAUAUAGCUUGUGUUGCAUUGGCUUUUACAUGUACAAAUAUUCAGAAAAUGAAAAAGUGUGUGUGUGUGUGUGUGUGUGUGUGUGUGUGUGUGUCAAUGAAUUUCACAGACAACAAUCUUAAAGCACCUUAAACAUUUAUUUGUUCGAUUUUUUUUUUUUUUUUUUUAAUGACAUUGUUUGCAUUUUCUAGCUGCACUGCUGUGUUUGGCUGACAAAAAUUUGUAUGUCCUUUUGUAUUGUAUUUACAUGAGUUUCACUCGCACUGUAAAUGCCUUCCUUUCUCACUCAGCAUCUCAUUUUGGCUUCUUUCAGCUAUUUUUAAAUGUGUUUAUAAUUCAUCCCAUGUGCCAAAAUUAUUCUACACAUCCAGCCUUUCUGAUGCAAAAAAUAAUAAUAUUUGCAAAAAAUAGACAAAAAACUUCUUCUUUUUUGGGGCUAAUAAAGGACUCGCCUUCAGCACAGGAUGGAUUCUGGUACACACUCUAGUCUUACUGGAGUAAGGACAAGUGUUCUGUCACUUUUUGCCUUUGCUACAGCCACAAACUACUCUCCUCUACUAAAGACUUUGGAUUUUUUGGAGGAUGAUUUUUUGCCUUUUCCUUAUAGGCUUUUGACUGAACAUGUGGUGUUAUUUGAUGUGUGUGCUUUGGUGAGCUGAUGAGCUUGAGAGAAUCUUGUGUAACCUGCUCACAUUUAUAUACAGCUUUCUCUCUUAAUCUCCCUCUCUGUCUCUCCCCUUCUUUCUCCCCCUCCAUCUCUGCUCUUUUGUUUUGUUCUAUAUCUAAUAAAUUUCUGCUCAGUACUUUGAA